AGAAAAUCGUUCGGGGUUUUUUCUAAUUUUUGAACCGGUUUUGGUCUUGGUUUUUUCAGUUCGGCUCGGUUCGGAUUUUGGAUAGUAUGCCCAUGAGUAAUUUUAGCUUUACCCCUUUCGAGAGAGAAGAAGCAAAACCUAAAUUCCUGAUCAUGCCGCCGAGUAAUCUGAGAGCCGUCGUUGCGCAGAUGUACCGGGGUGGGUCUCGCAACUUAUCCUCAUCGCCUCUUGGAGAGGCUACGAGGGGUUUGAAGAGUAGAGAUUCAUCUUUGGUGCCAAGGAAGAAGAAUCCUUCUGUUCUCCCAUGGGUGGUGGCUGGUUAUACAGUUAGCUUUGUUCGGAGUAGGAUGAAUUUACGUCGACGCCAGCGGAUGUUGGAUAAACAGAUAGAAUCAAACAAUUUGCUACGUGAACAGGUGAUGAAGGCGGAUUCACUCUAAUUCUAUGCGGGGAUUCUCUAAUGAAAUAAGAUCUUGUGAGCAGUAUGUGUUUUGGAUGCUCAUGUUGUCAAACCUUUAUGUUUUUUUUUUUCUUUUUAAUGGGUUUGUAUUAUUAUUACAUCAACACUCCUCUAUUUUCAACAACUGAUUUGUCUUUUCAGUGCCGGACUCUUCUAUUUUCAACAACUGAUUUGUCUUUUCAGUGCCGGUCAUCAAUAAACCUUGUUUUUGGUACUUUUUUUCUUUCUCUUCUUCGCCAUUAUAAUCAUGCUACAAAACUUGAGAACAAGAACAAGAAAAGCACACAAUUGCUUCAGGUUCGACAUUACAAGGAAAACGCCAUAAUAGCAUAAUAAUAGUCUCCCAUAUAUUAUAAAAACCAAAUUCAUACAAAGCACGAUAAACACAAACACACUUGCUUGACAAGGAGAUUACCUCUACUUCUCAAGACCUUAUUCAU